CCUAGAUCUGGCCAUGUUCAGGCUAUAUAACCCCAAAAUUGAGAGCAGCUCGAGCAUUGAAUCAAUAUUUUUCGCGAUGUUAAUACAACGUUCAAAAGUGCUAACCUUCCUUGGUUUCUUGCUGCCAAUCGCCCUGGUAUAUGGGACACUCUAUGAAUUUAUUCUGGACAACGAUGAAGUUUUCGAUAAAUGCCCCGACAUGCUAGACGGCAAGGGCAUACACGAUUAUUUUGAUUUGACCAACCUAUCAAUAGUGUACAGGGAAGGUCGUGUAUUUGUCAGCGGAAGUAUGACCUGCAAAUGGGAGGGUGUGGAACCCACCGAUCGCAUUACUAUCAGAUCAGAAUUGUUAAAAUUCCAACAAGGUGGCUGGCAGCCAACCCCAAUCUCGGCAUACACAGAUGAUUUUUGCGCCAUACAAUUUGCUCCAACCUCAAUUUUCUUUCCGGUUUGGAGUCGCCACAUAAUCGAAUGGGAUCGCAAGUGUAUCAACAAUUACGGUCACAUCUAUCACUACCGGCCAUUUGCUCUCAACACCAAGUACAGCUUUUCCCAAAACAUGGAGGGCCGUCACAAAAUUGUGGUGAGAAGUGUAGCAUAUGACGACACCUCGAAUCGAAAACGCCCGAAAGAAUUCUGUGUUCAAAUUUUUGGCGAUCUUGUAAAAGUGAAAUAUUAAGUUUUAAAUGCACGAUUCUCAUAAACAAACAAACUUUUAGGGACCUUCGAAAAUGGCAGACUUUUCAGGAAAUAUUGAAGAUUAACUUGUCAAAUGUUAGAAAUUUUUACAAGGACUAUUUCUAUUAAAAGCCAUGGAUUUUUAAAUCCAAGAAUUGCUUUUUUAAAAUAUAUUUAAGGAAUUUCUAGCCAAAAAAUAGUGCAGUUUUUAAUUUUUUUUCAACAGCUUCUUCCUGGUCAAAAAUCUUACAAAA